AACUGUAAUUGACCAACAAUAAAAAAAGUCUGGCCUCUUGCAUGUCAGCCACCAACAUGCCCUCCAGACUGAGGAAGACCCUGAAACUUCAGGGCCACAUGAGCCAUGGCCACAGCCACAUUAGCAAGCACAGGGAGCACUCAGGAGGCCAAGGUAAUGCUGGUGGCUGGCAUUAUCACAGGAUCAACUUCAACAAACAUCACCCAGGUUACUUUGGGAAAGUUGGUAUGAGGCAUCACCACUUAAAGAGGAAGCAGAGCUUCUGCCCCACUGUCAACCUUAAUAAACUGUGGACCUUGGUCAGUGAGCAGACACAGGUAAAUGCUGCCAAAAACAAGAAUGGAGCCACUCCCAUCAUUGAUGUGGUACGAUCAGGCUACUACAAAGUUCUGGCAAAGGGAAAGCUCCCAAAGCAGCCUGUCCUUGUGAAGGCCAAAUUCUUCUGCAGAAGAGCUGAGGAGAAGGUUAAGAGUGUUGGUGGGGCCUGUGUGCUGGUAGCUUGA